AUGACUGCUGACCAACCGCAUACUGGUGGUAGUGUUAUCGUGGUGACUGCUGACCACCCGCAUACUGGUGGUAGUGUUGUCGUGGUGACUGCUGACCACCCUCAUACUGGUGGUAGUGCUGUCGUGGUGGUGACUGCUGACCACCCUCAUACUGGUGGUAGUGUUGUCGUGGUGACUACUGACCAACCGCAUACUGGUGAUAGUGUUGUCGUGGUGACUGCUGACCACCCGCAUACUGGUGGUAGUGUUGUCGUGGUGACUGCUGACCAACCGCAUACUGGUGGUAGUGUUGUCAUGGUGACUGCUGACCACCCUCAUACUGGUGGUAGUGUUGUCGUGGUGACUGCUGACCACCCGCCUACUGGUGGUAGUGUUGUCGUGGUGACUGCUGACCACCCGCAUACUGGUGGUAGUGUUGUCGUGGUGACUGCUGACCAACCGCAUACUGGUGAUAGUGUUGUCGUGGUGACUGCUGACCACCCUCAUACUGGUGGUAGUGUUGUCGUGGUGACUGCUGACCACCCGCCUACUGGUGGUAGUGUUGUCGUGGUGACUGCUGACCACCCGCAUACUGGUGGUAGUGUUGUCGUUGUGACUGCUGACCAACCGCAUACUGGUGAUAGUGUUGUCGUGGUGACUGCUGACCACCCUCAUACUGGUGGUAGUGUUGUCGUGGUGACUGCUGACCACCCGCAUACUGGUGGUAGUGUUGUCGUGGUGACUGCUGACCACCCUCAUACUGGUGGUAGUGUUGUCGUGGUGACUGCUGACCAACCGCAUACUGGUGGUAGUGUUGUCAUGGUGACUGCUGACCACCCUCAUACUGGUGGUAGUGUUGUCGUGGUGACUGCUGACCACCCGCAUACUGGUGGUAGUGUUGUCGUGGUGACUGCUGACCACCCUCAUACUGGUGGUAGUGCUGUCGUGGUGACUGCUGACCAACCGCAUACUGGUGAUAGUGUUGUCGUGGUGACUGCUGACCACCCGCAUACUGGUGGUAGUGUUGUCGUGGUGACUGCUGACCAACCGCAUACUGGUGAUAGUGUUGUCGUGGUGACUGCUGACCACCCUCAUACUGGUGGUAGUGUUGUCGUGGUGACUGCUGACCACCCGCAUACUGGUGGCAGUGUUGUCGUGGUGACUGCUGACCACCCGCAUACUGGUGAUAGCGUUGUCGUGGUGACUGCUGACCACCCGCAUACUGGUGGUAGUGUUGUCGUGGUGACUGCUGACCAACCGCAUACGGGUGGUAGUGUUGUCAUGGUGACUGCUGACCACCCUCAUACUGGUGGUAGUGUUGUCGUGGUGACUGCUGACCAACCGCAUACUGGUGGUAGUGUUGUCAUGGUGACUGCUGACCACCCUCAUACUGGUGGUAGUGUUGUCGUGGUGACUGCUGACCACCCGCAUACUGGUGGUAGAGUUGUACAGUACAUGUGA